AUGGAGGGCCAAUCACAGACCAGAGUAGCACAGGAGGAAGAGGAGGAAGAGGAGGAAGAGGAGGAAGAGGAGAAAGAGGAGAAAGAGGAGAAAGAGGAGAAAGAGGAGAAAGAGGAGAAAGAGGAGAAAGAGGAGAAAGAGGAGAAAGAGGAGAAAGAGGAGAAAGAGGAGAAAGAGGAGAAAGAGGAGAAAGAGGAGAAAGAGGAGAAAGAGGAGGAAGAGGAGAAAGAGGAGGAAGAGGAGGAAGACAAAAUACAGGAACAUCAGGAUUUAAUGAAAACAAUGACAUUAAAUGAACAGAGCAUCUGUCAGGCCCGAGCUGCUGUCAUGGUUUACGACGACUCCAACAAGAAGUGGGUUCCAGCAGGGGGCUCCACCGGCUUCAGCCGGGUCCACAUCUACCACCACACCGGGAACAACGCCUUCCGGGUCGUAGGCCGCAAAAUACAGGACCACCAGGUGGUGAUAAACUGUGCCAUUCCCAAAGGCCUGAAGUAUAAUCAGGCCACGCAGACGUUCCACCAGUGGCGUGACGCCCGACAGGUUUAUGGCCUCAACUUUGGAAGCAAAGAAGAUGCCAAUGUGUUCGCCAGUGCCAUGAUGCACGCACUGGAGGUGCUCAACUCUCAGGAUUCAGGCCCCACGCCGCACAGACACGGGUCUUCGGUUCAAAAUGGUCCCACUGCAGAAGAGCUGGACCUCCACAGAAGAUUAGAAAAGACACGCUUCAUUCUUCCCUCUGCUCUUUCACUCUUUGACAUCCUUCUCUUUGAAGAAGACAGAGAGCUACUGCAGCGAGCUACUGCAGAGAGCUACUGCACAGAGCUACUGCACAGAGCUACUGCACAGAGCUACUGCAGAGAGCUACUGCACAGAGCUACUGCACAGAGCUACUGCACAGAGCUACUGCAGAGAGCUACUGCACAGAGCUACUGCACAGAGCUACUGCAGAGAGCGACUGCACAGAGCGACUGCAGAGAGCUACUGCACAGAGCUACUGCACAGAGCUACUGCACAGAGCUACUGCACAGAGCUACUGCAGAGAGCUACUGCACAGAGCUACUGCACAGAGCUACUGCAGAGAGCUACUGCACAGAGCUACUGCACAGAGCUACUGCAGAGAGCGACUGCACAGAGCGACUGCACAGGGCGACUGCACAGAGCUACUGCAGAGAGCUACCGCAGAGAGCUACUGCAGAGAGCGACUGCACAGAGCUACUGCACAGAGAGCGACUGCACAGAGCUACUGCAGAGAGCUACUGCACAGAGCUACUGCACAGAGCUACUGCACAGAGCUACUGCACAGAGCUACUGCACAGAGCUACUGCACAGAGCUACUGUACAGAGCUACUGCACAGAGCUACUGCACAGAGCUACUGCACAGAGCUACUGCACAGAGCUACUGCAGAGAGCGACUGCACAGAGCGACUGCACAGAGAGCGACUGCACAGAGCUACUGCAGAGAGCGACUGCACAGAGCGACUGCACAGAGCGCGACUGCACAGAGCGACUGCAGAGAGCGACUGCACAGAGAGCGACUGCACAGAGAGCGACUGCACAGAGCUACUGUACAGAGCUACUGCAGAGAGCGACUGCACAGAGCUACUGCACAGAGAGCGACUGCACAGAGCGACUGCAGAGAGCGACUGCACAGAGAGCGACUGCACAGAGAGCGACUGCACAGAGCUACUGUACAGAGCUACUGCAGAGAGCGACUGCACAGAGCUACUGCACAGAGAGCGACUGCACAGAGAGCGACUGCACAGAGCUACUGUACAGAGCUACUGCACAGAGCUACUGCACAGAGCGACUGCAGAGAGCGACUGCACAGAGCUACUGCACAGAGCUACUGUACAGAGCUACUGCAGAGAGCGACUGCACAGAGCUACUGCACAGAGAGCGACUGCACAGAGAGCGACUGCACAGAGCUACUGCACAGAGCGACUGCAGAGAGCGACUGCACAGAGCUACUGCACAGAGAGCGACUGCACAGAGAGCGACUGCACAGAGCUACUGUACAGAGCUACUGCACAGAGCUACUGCACAGAGCUACUGCAGAGAGCGACUGCACAGAGCUACUGCACAGAGCUACUGUACAGAGCUACUGCAGAGAGCGACUGCACAGAGCUACUGCACAGAGAGCGACUGCACAGAGCUACUGCAGAGAGCUACUGCACAGAGCUACUGCACAGAACUACUGUACAGAGCUACUGCAGAAAGCGACUGCACAGAGCUACUGCACAGAGAGCGACUGCACAGAGCUACUGCAGAGAGCUACUGCACAGAGCUACUGCACAGAGCUACUGCACAGAGCUACUGUACAGAGCUACUGUACAGAGCUACUGCACAGAGCUACUGCACAGAGCUACUGCACAGAGCUACUGUACAGAGCUACUGCACAGAGCGACUGCACAGAGAGCGACUGCACAGAGAGCGACUGCACAGAGCUACUGCACAGAGAGCGACUGCACAGAGCGACUGCAGAGAGCGACUGCACAGAGAGCGACUGCACAGAGAGCGACUGCACAGAGCUACUGUACAGAGCUACUGCAGAGAGCGACUGCACAGAGAGCGACUGCACAGAGAGCGACUGCACAGAGCUACUGCACAGAGCGACUGCAGAGAGCGACUGCACAGAGCUACUGCACAGAGAGCGACUGCACAGAGAGCGACUGCACAGAGCUACUGUACAGAGCUACUGCACAGAGCUACUGCACAGAGCUACUGCACAGAGCUACUGCACAGAGCUACUGCAGAGAGCGACUGCACAGAGCUACUGCACAGAGCUACUGUACAGAGCUACUGCAGAGAGCGACUGCACAGAGCUACUGCACAGAGAGCGACUGCACAGAGCUACUGCAGAGAGCGACUGCACAGAGAGCGACUGCACAGAGCUACUGCAGAGAGCUACUGCACAGAGCUACUGCACAGAACUACUGUACAGAGCUACUGCAGAAAGCGACUGCACAGAGCUACUGCACAGAGAGCGACUGCACAGAGCUACUGCAGAGAGCUACUGCACAGAGCUACUGCACAGAGCUACUGCACAGAGCUACUGUACAGAGCUACUGCACAGAGCUACUGCACAGAGUGACUGCACAGAGCUACUGCACAGAAGCUACUGCACAGAGCUACUGCACAGAGCUACUGUACAGAGCUACUGUACAGAGUGACUGCACAGAGCUACUGCACAGAGCUACUGCACAGAGCUACUGUACAGAGCUACUGUACAGAGUGACUGCACAGAGCUACUGCACAGAGCUACUGUACAGAGCUACUGUACAGAGUGACUGCACAGAGCUACUGCACAGAGCUACUGCACAGAGCUACCGCACAGAGCUACUGUACAGAGCUACUGCACAGAGCUACUGUACAGAGCUACUGCACAGAGCUACUGCACAGAGCUACUGCACAGAGCUACUGUACAGAGCUACUGUACAGAGCUACUGCACAGAGCGACUGCACAGAGCUACUGUACAGAGCGACUGCACAGAGCGACUGCACAGAGCUACUGCACAGAGCUACUGUACAGAGCUACUGCACAGAGCUACUGUACAGAGUGACUGUACAGAGCUACUGCACAGAGAGCUACUGCACAGAGCUACUGCAGAGAGCGACUGCACAGAGCGACUGCACAGAGCUACUGCAGAGAGCUACUGCACAGAGAGCUACUGCAGAGAGCGACUGCACAGAGCUACUGCAGAGAGCGACUGCACAGAGCGACUGCACAGAGCUACUGCAGAGAGCUACUGCACAGAGAGCUACUGCAGAGAGCUACUGUACAGAGCUACUGCAGAGAGCUACUGCCCAUUUGUUAAAGAUCAGGACCCGGGGCAGAAGCAGAGGCCUGUGGAGCAGAGUGAAGGAUUCUGGGUAAAGAACACGGCUGGUUCUGUGGGGGCGGCGUGUGGGGAACGAGGAGAGUACAGUGCGAUGGUCGUCGCCUACGCUCCCUUAGCAACCGUCUCCGUAGCAACGGUUUGUGGCGACCUAAAUGAGACGCCAGCUCGACGGAAGAGACGAGACCUGAUGGCGUUUGGAUCCGGCUCCGAAAACCAUCGCCAUCUUUUCUUCUUACUGUAA